AUGUCGGUUGCUCCGCAGCCGGAAGCUGCUGUUGUGGAACAGAUGCCGGAAGCAACAGUCUCCAAAGUCGUCAACCAGUUGGAAAAGUUGGAGAACGUGGCAGAGAAGAAGAUCCCAAAUGUGGUGAAGCAGGCACAGACCGUGGCCGCAAAGGUCAAAACGUCAGUGGCCAUCAUCAACGAGGCUGAAUCCAAGCAAGACCAGCAGAUGAGAUAUGAUGAUAAGCUGGCACAGAUGUACACGGGCCUCAUGGACUCUGCACGCGCGGCCGGUGCAAAGCUGCAGGACGUGGUGCAGAAAGUGGGCGCCACUGGCGAAACAGGGGCUCCCAGCCGUGUCUCGCCUUCCGUGGUGAAGAAGAUCCGCGACAUAGGUGACAUUCUGGAUGAGGCGCAAGCAGACGUCUACAAGGAGGAGUGGUUGUCACUCAAGGUUACCCCGCCACUGCUGCGGGCGUACCUUCCCUUAAUGAAGAGCUACCCCGAGGAAGCCUUCAACGACAACGUGGGAGACCGCUAUGUCAACGCAGCCACCCGUGAGAGCCUGUACUUCUACCAGAUGCAGUUUUCCGUUGCCAUUGAUCGGCUUGAGAAGGCCGUUGCAAACCACAAGGUUCGCGAGGUGGAGGAAGCAUUCGCCAAAACAUCCCUGUCAUAUGACAGAUACUUGAAGGCCGGUGACCUCUACACAGGUUAUGACCCAGUGACCUCCACGACGGUCUUCUUCCAGAAUGUGAGCGACAGUCAGCUGCAGUACACUCCGCUGGCCCUGCAGCAGCCGCAAAUCCGGGACGAGGUCUUGGUGCUGCAAGGGCCUGACAAGGGCAAGGUUGGGCGCAUCAUCUGGCUUGGCAGAGAGAAUGGCGAGGACUUGGACAGCAAGGUGCUAACAGCCGUUGUGAAGCUGGAGCCCAACCCUGUGCUUGGUCAGUCGAAAAGUGGUGGCGUUCGGGAAGUCAAGGCUUACCCAUACUCGUGGCUGGUCAUGACCCGCGGCAGCGAUGAGAGCUACAUCCAGGACCUGGUUCUGGCCACGGCAGCGGCAGUGGUAUCCUGUGCCGUGACGUACCCGCUGGAAUCCAUCAAGGCCCGUGCGCAAUCGAAUCUGCCACCUUUUCCGCCUGAGGGGCCGCAGGCUCUCUUUCAGGGCAUUGAGCUGAACGUCCUCCGGGAGGCACCCAACGCCGGCUUCUUGAUGGCCGGAUUCAACUACUUCACCCGAUGGGCAGUGGGUCUUCCAUUCGUGAAUGGGAACGAUCCCAACUUGAAGUUCAUGCUGAUGAUCCCCUCAGGUGUGGUGGCAAUGUGCACUGGUGCAUUUGCCAAAACGCCCGUCAUUGACAUCAGCAAGCAGGUCCAAGCAGGACUUGCCAAGGAUGCAGGGGAGGCCGUUCAGAAUGUCUUCUUCAAGCCCACGCCAGUGCAGGUGACCAAGAAGCUCGGCAGAACCUUCAUGCUCACCGUUAUCCGCGGGGUGCCGUUUGGUGCUUUCCAGUGCUUCAUCUAUGAGCUGUUGAAGGAUCAGACGCCAGCGUUGCUUGAGAACCUCGGGGUGCCAAUCUGGUCCGAGCCGUUCAUUUGGGGCGGAGUGGCCGGAUUCUGCACGGGUUACUUGACGAAUCCUCCGGACGUCGUUAUGCAGCGCUUGGCGCUGGAAUCCAGCUCCGAGAGCGAAGAUCCGGACAAGCCAUUCAGCGUUGUGGAGACUUGGGAGGAAAUCGUCCAGGCAACUCGCAAGAUCUUGGAAGAAGAGGGUCCAGCAGGCUUCGCCAAAGGCGGGCUUGAGAACGCCCUCUACUUCUUGCCAGAGGCGAUGGUCUGGUUUGGGGUCUACGAAGGCCUCAAAGGUGUGGCAAAUAGCGUUUCGCAAGCCUUCUAG